AUGGAGGAAGAAGAGGAGGAGGAAGCUCACGCGGACGUGCUGGAGCUCUGGCAGGAAGGACUCGCCCGACUGGUCCAGGACCCGCUGCUCUGCGACCUCCCAGUUCAGGUGACCCCCGAGGAGAUCAGCUCGCAAGUGGCGCUGGAGUACGGGCAGGCCAUGACAGUGCGCGUGCGCAGAGCCGACGCCCCCGAGGCACCAAUGCCGGUGGUGGUGGUGCAGAAUGCCAGCGUCCUGGACCUGAAGAGGGCCCUCCGGCGGUUCGUGCAGCUGCGGCAGGAGCGUGAGGGGGGCAUUCAGCACAUCAGCUGGAAAUACUUGUGGCGCACCUACUGCCUGACCUUCGGCGGAGAGAAGCUGACGGAUGACCGGAAGAAGCUGAGAGAGUAUGGCAUCCGCAACCGGGAUGAAGUCACCUUUGUGAAAAAGAUCCGGAAGUGAGUCCCCAGGCAAGCCUCUGCAUGACCUUGAAGGGAAAGAGGCCCUCAUGGGAACUAUAGGAGCAUCAGAGGGGAGGCUUCACAUGAGCCCCUGAAGCCCAGGUACUAACCAGGGGACCAGAGGCACCUGCCUGCCUGCCUGCCUUUGGAGGGCAGGGCCAGGUCCCUCUCCCUGAAUGGAGCUGGGAGCCUUCCUGACCAGUGCUGGCCAGAGGGUGGGUGCAAGGCCUUGAGCAUCAACUGUUGGAUUUGUAAUAAAGCUUGAGUAGUAA